AAAGCAACGCCGCAUCGUUUCACGUUCUCCGAGUCUGUUAAAAAUAAUAACUGAGUUGCUGUUUGAACUUGAGGUAAAAAUUGAAAUCCUAGACGGGUUACGGUUCCCUAUUGAAGUAUCUUGGUGCCGCUCUAGGUUUUGCCUUUGUGGUUCUGUCAACUCUGGUUUGUCACCUUUGCCGUAGGAGAGACGCUUUUUGAUGACGACAUUGAGAGCGACGGAGCUGUGAGCCUGGCGCAUUUAUUGGAAGUAGGGAUUUGGUUUGUAGGAAGAACAGAGAGGACUGAGGCGGCUGCUUGCUGAAGAGGAGCCGCGGUCGAAGAUAGAGUCAUCGAAGCGGCUGGUUUGACCUAUAGGAAGAAGGCCUCCCUCUCCCUCUGCUCGUGUUUCGGUUGAGUCACCAUGUCAUUGGCCGAUGAGCUUUUGGCAGACCUCGAGGAGGCAGCUGAGGAAGAGGAGGGAAGCUUUGCAGAUGAGGAAGAUGAGCCUACCAUUGAGGAUGUCCAAGAAGAGAUGCAAAUGGAUCUGGCGACCGAUUCGGUCAAGAGUAUAGCCAAGCUUUGGGACAGCAAGAUGUUUGCUGAAAUAAUGGUAAAGAUUGAGGAAUACAUCAGCAAACAACCCAAAGCAUCUGAAGUUUUAGGCCCGGUUGAGGCUGCUCCUGAAUAUAGAGUCAUUGUGGAUGCCAACAAUCUGACAGUGGAAAUCGAGAAUGAAUUGAACAUUAUUCACAAGUUUAUCCGAGAUAAAUAUUCCAAGCGUUUCCCAGAACUGGAAUCCCUCGUCCCUAAUGCUUUGGACUACAUCCGCACCGUCAAGGAGCUGGGCAACAGCUUGGAUAAAUGCAAGAACAAUGAAAACCUUCAACAGAUUCUCACGAAUGCUACUAUUAUGGUAGUCAGUGUCACAGCAUCCACUACCCAGGGGCAACAGUUAACAGAGGAAGAACUGGAGCGCAUCGAGGAGGCCUGCGACAUGGCGCUGGAGCUGAAUCAGUCCAAGCACCGCAUUUAUGAAUACGUGGAGUCCCGCAUGUCCUUCAUUGCUCCCAACUUGUCCAUCAUUGUGGGAGCCUCCACUGCUGCAAAGAUCAUGGGUAUUGCUGGUGGUCUCACAAACCUCUCCAAGAUGCCUGCCUGUAACAUCAUGCUUCUGGGAGCCCAGAGGAAGACGUUGUCCGGGUUUUCCAGCACUUCCGUCCUUCCUCAUACUGGCUACAUCUACCACAGUGACAUUGUACAGUCGUUGCCUCCGGAUCUGCGGAGGAAGGCUGCCCGCUUGGUGUCUGCAAAAUGCACGUUGGCAGCACGGGUGGAUAGUUUUCACGAAAGUUCAGAGGGGAAGGUUGGCUAUGAUCUCAAGGAGGAGAUUGAAAGGAAAUUUGACAAAUGGCAGGAGCCCCCUCCUGUUAAGCAAGUGAAGCCCCUGCCUGCACCUUUGGAUGGACAGAGGAAGAAACGUGGAGGCCGAAGGUAUCGUAAGAUGAAGGAGCGUCUUGGGUUGACAGAAAUUCGGAAACAGGCAAACCGGAUGAGUUUUGGAGAAAUUGAAGAGGAUGCUUACCAAGAAGACCUUGGGUUUAGCCUGGGCCACCUGGGCAAGUCGGGCAGCGGCCGUGUCCGACAGACGCAAGUCAACGACGCCACAAAGGCGCGUAUCUCAAAGACUUUGCAGCGCACUCUCCAAAAGCAGAGCAUGGUCUAUGGAGGGAAGUCGACCAUCCGGGACCGCUCCUCGGGUACUGCCUCCAGUGUGGCCUUCACUCCACUACAGGGUUUGGAGAUUGUGAAUCCACAGGCCGCCGAGAAGAAAGUCGCGGAAGCGAACCAGAAGUACUUCUCCAGCAUGGCUGAGUUCUUAAAGGUGAAGACCGAGAAGAGCGGAAUCAUGUCCACCUCCUAAAGUUCUUUUCCUUCUGCGCGGGUGCUGCUCCUGUUCACGUGCGGUCAGAAACCAUAAAAGAGAGGCCGGGGUCUGCAUGUAGAAGGUGGGGCCUUCCUCUUGGACCAACAAAGGCUGGAGGCUUCUGAAGAAAACGUUGUCAUUUCAGGACAUCUUGAGCCAAGUCCUCCUCCUCUUUUUCUUCUUUUCUUGACCUAAAGGAUCCCUGUAGAGAGCCUCCAAUUCCUGUUGCAGCUAUCUGUUGCCUAAUAGAGAACAUGCCUUUUUCCCCAGGUUGUUGUAGUGUGAGCUUUUUUUUUAAGGGCUUGGAAGGGCUAACAAAAGGUAGCUGCUGAGAAACGAUGACGUUCUCCGUCACUUGCUUUCUCAUACUUGAGGCUUUUUUAAAAUGCUUCCAUAAGCUGGUUGUUGAGUACAAGGCCUACUUCAGAGGAACCCUGCCUUUGCUGUUCCAGUUGGGAGCCUCCAGCAACUAAUCCCUCACCUACCCCCUCCUCCAACUUCAGCCAAAAGAAAUUAUCUGAUUGGUCGUGCAGAUCUAGAUCUCUAUCUAGACUAUGAUUCCCAUCAGCCUCUGCCAGCAAGGCCAGUUGGCAGAGGUUGAUGGGAAUUGUAGUCAGCGAACAUCUGGAGGGCCGUAUGUUGGAGACCCCUAAUUUAGAAGUAGCCUUGUUUUCCCUGCACGUGGAGAGGAGGUGAGAACCCUGUUGACAGAAUUGUGACGAGCUACUAAACAGUGCCAUGGAGAAUUAGUGCGGUAAUUGCUACAGACUAGUACAGAGAGAUCUGAAUGGCACUGAAUUCUUCUGGAUGUUACGCACACAUGCCAAAAAAAAAGCCGAUAGCCGGAUAGCUCUUCAGAAGUGAAAGUGGUGGGGAAGAACCUGAAGGCAACUGAAUUGUGGCUUUCCUUGUACAGAGUCUAAGCAAGAGGCGGCAUCUUCUCAGUGAUUUGCCCUCACGUAAAUUAGGGUUGGGAAGAUAAAUCUAUUUCUCAAGCGUGGUGGGUUCUGCGGAUCGCUCUGUGCCGGACGGGACGUCUACUAUACAUGCUGCUAACUGCAGUUCCUUGGUUUUCUACAAGAAGGAUGUCUGGUUUGGAAAAAUCGCAUUGUUUAGAUUUUUUUUUGGUCUAACCAGGAUAUCCUGAGUAUUGAGAUAAAAGCAGCUGCUGGGUUUGUAGGGGAAUGUAUUUGUACAGCUGCAACAUCACAUUUUGUUUGUCUCGGUGGGUGAAUUUUUUGCAAGAACUAGAACUCCACUGAAACCCACGUGCAAUCUAGUGUUGGUUUGCUUUUUUGUACUGGGGUGGGGUGGGCGGUGCCACAGAAACUCUCCAAAUAGCUCCUGUGGCUGGGGUGCAUGUCCAUUUAUAGUUGUGUGACUUGAAAGCUUAUUUACACUUGUUUUCUAAACGUGCGCCUUUUGCCCAGAGUGUUAACUUCCAGAAUUGAAUACAGAAAUUAAAAUUUUGGAAAAAUG